AUUCGAAACCGAUCAAGAAGAAAUGUAAAAACAACUCACGGUUUAUAUUUAAACUCACCCAUGACUCACUCCGCACACUCCUUUGCUCCCAGUGACAUCAUCACAGUCUGAAUCGUAAAUACGUCCUCACAAGAAUGAACAAUCUCUGAGUGAGAAUGGAGGGUCCUCGUACACCAAUGGAUAACCUCCUGAACGUGCUCUCGGGUUUCUCCGUGGGUCACGAGAAGGCCCUGAAGCAGGGCAUCUACAACGCAGUGGCCCUCCUCGUCCUCUUCCUGACGUGCGCCGCCACCUACGGCCUCUACCUCAUCCUGCACCCCUUCGUGAAGCCCCUGAUAUGGGCCCUCCUCUGCGGAAGUGUUCUCUUUCCCUUCAAGCUCUACAUAACUACAUCCGUGCAGUCCUGGUUCACGGAGACGGAGAACUCUCACGAGCCCCUGCUGAUGCACCUGGCUAUGGUCCCCAUCAGGAUAGCUGACAGGAUCUCCAAUGCAGUUGGAAGUUUCCUUCACCAGCGGCUGAACUACGUGGGCGCCCUGGUGGGAGUCAUCUCUGGGAUGGUCAUGAUCUACUGGUACACCCCCAACAUCCUUCUCUGCCUGAUCUGGCGGUGCCUCCAGAUCCUCGUGGCCCUUACCUCCGUCUUCAUCGACACCUGCAACAUCUACAUCAUCUCGACACUGGUGAUCGGGUACCUCUCCAUCCUCUACGUGUACUGGACCCCCAGGAACGCCCAGCAGUUCAACUACAUCUCCAUCGUCCUCUGGUUGAUAGUCUCCCUCUACGUCUCCAACAUCCUGGGGGUCUACCAGGUCGCCGUCUUCGUGGCCCUCCAGACCCUCUGCAUCAUCGGUUUCACGUAUGAAGUCAUUCUCAUUAUGGAGACUAAGGAUGCACUGGGGAAACCGCUGACAUUCGCUGAGGCUGUCCAGAUGGCUCUGACAGGAGAGGAAGCAGCCCCGGAGCCUCGAUCCUCUGAAGAGCGUGAAGAGGCCGACUUCUUCCCCGAGACGUCGACUCCCAGGCUCUCGCCAGACGACAUAAAGGAGCCCCCGCCCUCCGUUGCCAAAAGGCCCUUGAAACUCUCAGGGAAAUCCGUCUCCCUGGACGCAGACGUGGAGAACGUGAGGACCAGGAGAGCCUCCGGACGAUCCUGCAGCUUCCCGAACUCCAGGGUCACCCCUCGUGAGAGGUACUUCCUCAGGAAACUGCGGACUGAACUCAGGAUGUCCCUCGACGCCCCUGAGGACGAGGUGGACACCGACAAGUACAUGUACGGGGCGUUUUACGCGUGCGGGGGAAUGCUCCUCUGGAAGAACAAGUGGAUCCUCACGAUUUUGACUCUGCCCAUCGUCUGGUAUUUCCUGAAGCUCCUGGGGAGACGUUCGGGCUUCUGGAGGUACGUCCUGGCGCAGGUCGAGAGGCUCAUCGGUGUCGUCAAGGCCUGGAGUAAAGAGAGGCAGCAGGCACUCGCCCCAGCCCACGUCCGGGGCAUCUACAGGGUUUACCUGAUUGUCGAUAAGAACCUCAGGGAGAUCCUCAAGGGGUCUGUCGAUGCUGUCGCCACCAUUGCUGUCAUUCUGGCAUUGAUAGUCUUCACCUUCUGCGCAUCGAUUUUUAUCACUGUUCAGAUUUACGGGGAGGGACUGCACCUGGUGCAGAUCACCGGGGAAAUCCUCAAUUCAUCUCUCGUGAACAAUCCCGAUAUUGAUUGGGUUCCUCAGCAGUGGGAGGAGUCGGUCAACUCUGUUCUGGAUAAUGCGUAUACUUAUGGAAGAUCUGCGAUUUCGGACGGGAUCAAGGGUCUCAUGAAGGAUUUGGAGCCGGCGAAGGCUGAGGCCCUCGAGAAAAAGGUCCUCGAGCUGUGGGACAGGUUGUAUCAGGCCUGGAUGAUGUCCGACGAGGACCCAGGGAUGAUUGGACCCACGGUGGAUGUCAAUGCUGCCAUGACAGCCUGGGAGAGCAUCAAGGAGAGCUUCGGAAAGAUGCCGACGCAGAUAUUCAACAUGACGGGAAUUCAGAACUUUGCGAGGGAGAAUGUGGGCAUUCUCAUGCAGGUGCUGGACUCGGUGUGGGGCAUUGUCAAGGGAAACAUGUCGGUGGUGAUGAGUGUCCUGACGGAGUUGCUGUAUGUGGUGCUGAUGAGUGGGUCUGCUGUCCUGAAUUUUGCCCUCAGCACUGUCGUUUUUUUCACUACUCUGUUCUAUCUGCUGUCCAGCAGUGGGAAGACUUAUAAACCCAUUGAACUUAUCGCCAUGUUCAGCCCGAUCAGCUGCUACAGCAAGGAUUUUUUGGGAGGAUUUGCAAUUGCUCUUCAGGAGGCUGUGAUUGCGGUGUUCGCAGCGACGUUCAAACUGGCGUCGUUCUUCGGUAUGUGGACCUGGUUCAUCCACAAUCUGUUCCAAGUGAAGAUCGUGUAUCUCCCCUCGGUAUUCGCCACUGUGCUGGCCGCAGUGCCCUUCCUCGAUGCUUACUUCGCCUGCUUGCCUGCUACUCUGGAGCUUUGGUUCACCAGAGGGCCUAUGAUCGCUGUCGUGUUCUUCGUGUUUCACUUUUUGCCGUGUAAUAUCGUCAUCACGGAUUUUUAUAAGGAGAUUAAAGGGGGUGGCCACCCAUACUUGACAGGACUAUCAAUAGCCGGCGGUAUUUUCUGCCUGGGAGUGGAGGGAGCCAUCUUCGGACCGCUUUUGCUCUGCUGCAUCAUGGUGGCCAUAAACCUGAGUCGAAAGUACAUGCAGUCCGUCUCCGAGGAGACUCUCAACUCCCUGAAAUCUCAGAUUGAUCAGCUGGAGGCCGAGCCCCCAGUCUCCCCGUGAAUUUAAUCGAAAGUAGGGAAUCCAAACCGUCCAGAUGCUCUCGUGCUUCCAUGCCUCGUGAAACUUACAGUGUUAGCCAUGUUAAGUAAUUGAUAAUUUGUAGUUACUGAUUAAUUAAUCAGUGAUGGGGGAGUUCUCCAGGCUUGGAGACUUGGCUGUCGUUUCUACUUUCAAAAACUAGUCAAUUGUAAUUUUACCGAGACUUUUAACGUAUUAAUAUCUAUAAUAUGAAUUGAAUAUGAUCCCAAAAUUUUCUUGCAUUUUAUCCUUGGAAUAUUUUCGAUGGAAAAAGAAUGAGAAAAAAAAAGUAUUUUCCUGCAAAAAAAUCAAAUUUUUCGCACGAAGAUCUCGUGAUUUGUUUCUCAGACAUUCUCUUUCUGGGGGAAAUAUUUCUUGAUAACGUAAAAACAUUAAAAAAUUGCAGAUAAAAAAUAUUGCUUGAAAAAAUAAAAAGUUCUCUUUAGAUCAAAUUUUUGGGCUCAUCUUCUCUCGACAUUUCACUUGCUGAAAUAAUGAUGAUAUACUUAGCUUUCGUUUGUCUGCAUCACAUUUCACUUGACAGAUGCCAAAAUUGAUAGGUGAUUUUUUCUAAGUUUCUAUUCACGCAGUGUAAAAUGUUGAAAUAAAAUUCCAAAGAUUGUUCUCAAAAAUCGUAAAAAAAUGUUUAAUUGGAUCUAUACAUUGAUCGGUGGUGUUUUCGUGGUACUAGUCGUGUUGAUUGUACUUGAAAUUCACUCACAUUACGACAUGUAUUUUCCACCGUGAGUAGUUAUAAUUUUAUAAAGAGAGAAUUGUAAAGAGGAAAAAGAGAAUUAAAAAGAGUAAUCAUUUUGCAAAUUUUUGGGAGCGAGGACUGCAAAGAAAAUUCUCAAGAGACUUUCUUCAAAGUCUGGGAAAUGUUCUCCCAAAAAUAUCUAGAUAAGUGAAACUUCCAUUAAAUGCAAAAAAGUCUUCUAAAGUUUUUUACGAAAAAAUUACAUUUAAAAAAUCAGUAAAAUUUCAUCCUUCUGUAAAUUUUUCUGCGGACAUUUUUAUCGGAAUUCUUCAACAAGAAUUUUCCACGUUUUGAACUUUUUUAGUGAAACAAAGAGAAAACUCUUUGUUUCACUAAAAAAUCGAACAAAAAACCUUGAAAAAUUUGAGCCCCUAAAUUU